AUCGACCAUCGAGGAACAUCGGCCGUGUCAUUUCCGGUCAUCUACGAUCGGGGGUGUCACAAAGGUGGUAUCAGAGCAUGGUUAUACGAUGCUAGAAUGGGACUUGUUUCAAAUGUUUUUCGAGUCAAAAUGAGUCGCAAGGAUAACUAGGAUAUGUUGGGUGGUUCCUUCAUUUUAGGAUAGAUAGUCAUGGGUAGUUACCUAACAGUGAUCUUUCAUAACAUAAGCACCGAGACAAGAUUGAACGAGUGACUGUAUUUACCGAUGUUACUAUCAUCAGGAUCGAGUUUGCUACCCUCAUGGUGGGGUUCACUACCGUCCUGUUAGGAGUCAAUAACCUCAUGCCUUCCUGCCGUUCUUUUGAGUUCUAAUGGGGAUGCCAAUUCUUUAGAGAGAUAUAUAGGACAUAGUUGACACAUCAAAUACCUCUCUGGGCUCGUGUGUUAUCGAAGUCAAGUCUAUCCAGCUUAUACUGAGACGUACAAGCACCAGAGCCGUACAAGCCUGAAUUGUUCAACAUUUGUUUGGAUCUUAGCGUUGGAGGAAGAGAUGGUUCGACUGUAGUACAAGACAAUGGACACACAUGCACCUUUCUGUUGGCAACAAUACAUCCUGAAUCUUAUGAUGGAAAAAGUAGCGGGACCACAAGAUAUUGAAGAAGGACUAAACCGUUCGAGGUAUACUUUGCUUGAGGCAGAUUUGGGAUGCAACACUUAGAGGAGAAUAUUGACGUGGCCGUUGUUCAGAGAAUUACAAGAAGGAUUUGGCAGCAAGGUAUUUGAAGAUGAAUGCUAUGAGUUGUUGGUCAAGAAUUACUUCAAAGAGUUGAGAUCAUGUUGGAUAGAUUUCAAGAGUUUAAGAAGUAGUAUUUCUACACAAGGUAUGGGACCGACUGAAGAUUCAGUUUACGGAGUUGGUACAGUGAGAUGUUUCCGCCAGGUGGUUCAGGUCGAGUUAAUCAUAUACAACAAUUUCAGCAUCGAGAUACGUGGUCGAGUGAAUUGGAUUCAUCGAUUAUGGUUUGGAGAAUAAGCCAAAGAUCAUACGGAAAAUCUUUGAAAACUUAGCCAAGAAUUUUGGAGUAGAUAAAAGACCAUGGAAUUUCAAAGCUUCCAGGAGAUGUUAGAGUAUGACGUGAAUGUUAAAGAAGCUAUUAUUGCUGAAGAAGUUAACCAAGUCAUGGAGACCGUUUAUUUUUCAACCGGUGCAGAUCAAAGGUCAUCAGAUCAAGAUUGAAGACCUUGAGCCGUUAUGGUUGUGACUAGCAAGAACAAAAUGGUCGUGAUUGUCAAAGUGUGGAAAAUUCAGGAACGUUUACAUCAUUCACACUUUGAUGGUUCUUGUGAAGAGUUAGGAUCUUAGGUUGUUACUACCACUGCAUAAAUAAAAGUUAUUUUGACCGCAAAAAGUAAUGGAGGUGAAGGCAACAAUUAACAAUAAUAUUAAAAACCCCAAUAACAAAGAAAGACUAAAGGGCCCAUCGCUGAGUGGUAGAGCAUUCGACUGUAAUUCACAAGGUCACCGUUCGAACCUUGUUAGGUCCUUUAACCAUUGUUUUAUGCUUUGCAAUUGCAUUUAUCUCAUUUUAAAAACAACCCCCGUGAUCCGUGAGAAGGUGAACCAGAUGAUGACGGCUGAGUUAAUGAAUAUUACUUCUAUAUAAGGUCACGGGAUCUCAUUUCUGAUAUCAUUUCCUACCGACAAAAGCAGUCCUAAACACACACAAAAUAAUAAAUAUUAUCUCUAAGUUGACAGUAAGAAAGUUAAUAACGAUAAUACUGCUACUGUCCGCUGUUGGUGGUGCAACGCUAAAAUUAAUAAACGGAAAUCAAACACAUUAUUGGUGACAACCUCACGGGUCAUAUUAACUAUUUGUCCGUAUGCAAUGCAAUACGUAUAUUCCUUGUAUGAUGAUAAUAUUUUGUACACAUACUAUAUUUUGUAUAUUAGCAUAUACAUAAUAAUAUACGUGUAUAUAUAAUAAACCCAACAAGAACCAACAAGCAGUCUUAUCAUACUCUACGUUUUGUUUCCCACUCUCUGUUUCUUCUUUUUUUCAUAUUUAAUUUCUGUGAAGAUGGGGAAUUGCUCUCAAAGAGCAGCUUCCGACGCUGGUGGCUCUUCAAUCAUGGAAGAAUAUUACAGAAGUCGGAGUUGCAGGUCGUUGCAGCCAAUAAAGAAGGAGGAAACUCUAGGGUACCUUGUUAGACAAGGUACACUAAGCCCUAGAAGAGUGGGGGCGACAAUUCAAGUGUCACCGCAAAGAAGAAACGGAGUUUGGAAAGCAAAGGUGGUGAUCGGAAGUAAACAGCUGGGAGAAAUUCUUGCAGUUGAAGGCAAUACACAUGCCUUGAUUGAUCAACUUCGAAUUGCCGCUGCAGAGGCUUCAGCGUCGGAGAUAGUCGGAGGUAGAAACUUAUCAUCCCGAAAAAGCAAAGAGAGUUAUUUCUGUUAGGUUUGAUGAUGGCACGCUGUUAUUUUGUUUGUUUAUGUUCUACUUUGUAAAUCCUUGGAAGCAAAAGUGUAUAUCGUACAAAAGGUUGAGAAUAAAUGUACCGAUUCUAUACUUUACUGACCGUUUUAGGGUGGGUUCGUUAUUUCUUUUUAGGACAAUUUUGCUUUUGGUUUUGUUAUAGAAAAAUAUGGUUUUGUUGGAAUUGGUUAACCGAUAUGGAUACUCCUACAAAAAACAGUGGCUCGUUUGCCAGGUCCUCUGACAAAUAUAUUACGACCAAUUCUAAAAAGGAAAGAGAGAAAAACCAGUUGCAUAUGAGGAUAACAUUCCCAUUACAGAGAUUUAGCAGACACUGACACAUGUUUUAGAAAGGAGAAUUAAUCACAUGUUGUUCAGAGGGGAUAUCCAUAUACUGACGGCAUUUUCGAUGGAAUUUGUUUAGAAAGUGAAUGCACCACAAAAGAUUUGUCAUCUUAUAUGAUAAUUAAUUUUAUGGAAGGUAGCGUUCACAAGGAAUUUGGUACGUCGCAAUAUGCGAUGUGAUAACUACUGUCCAAGAUGUGGUCAGCCAGAAGAAACUAUUACUCAUACGAUCUUCGAAUGCCUACUGGUCUUACAAGCAUGUGCAUUAUCAUUAACACCGCCAAGUUCUCAAAUUUUUCCUAUCUCGAGUAUCUAAUCAAACAUGGACUAUCUAUUUUGCAGGAUGAAUAGUAUUAUAGAACCAGCAGAGGAUAUAGACCCUUAUCCUUGGAUUAUCUGGUACAUUUGGAAGACAAUGAACGACAAGCUAUUUAGAGGUAUUGACAGGAACCCAUUGGAACUAGUUAGAUAUGCAGAGAGUGAAUGUCAAGCCUGGUACAAUGCAAAUGAUACUAUAUAUGAUCCUCCAUAGGCACAAAUUAUUGAAGAAAGCUUGGGUAAUAUUUGUAUAGUGGACCUCCACAAAUCAAUUCAGUGGAAUUGGAUUGGUUUAGAAGGAUAGCAUGGGAAAGAUCCAACUCAUGGGGACACGAAACUUGAGGAGGCGUGAGACAUCACUACACUCAGAACUAGAAGAGUUAAGAUGGGCAAUAGAGAGCAUGUUACAGCAUUCGACCUGUCAGAGAUUUGGGACAUAUUGCAAGGAUCUGAUUACAAUGAUAAUGGACCUACAAGCUUGACCAAACUUCUCGACUGAGCUGGAGAUCAUUAAAAUUCUCCAUAUGUUUUUUUCUGGAUUUCAAGACCAGCUACUUCCCAAAGGUGCAAAAUGAAAUUGUUGAUUCGCUAGCUAAGAAUGCCCAUUUUUUUCAUAGAUCUCUUUGUUUUAUUAUUUUUUCUAUCACGGUUUGGUUACCUUGACCACCUCAAAUUUCAGUAAUAGAAUGGCCGUUUGUUGCCAAAAAAAAAAAUUCCGAAAGUUGAUCAUUGCUUAUCUUUAACUUUUAUACUAUAAAACAUAAGUCAAUUGAUAAUUAUGUGAACUAACAUGUGUCCUUUAGAUAUUUUUUAAUUGUUUUGUUUUUAUUUCUAAAUGAGAGUUAAAAGUUAAAGUUAAAAGUGAAAUUUAUCUACAACAACUACUUAUCUAUCUCCAUAACUACUUUUAGUCCCAACUCUUUUGCUCAUCGUGUGAAACUGUAUAUAAGGUAAGAAUUUUUUACAUCAAUAUGCACUUUACCACUUUUCAAUUACAUCUUAGACCACAAUACACUUGCAAGACACUUUCUCAUGGAACCUACAGAGAGAAUAUAUACAUAUUUGCUCUUCUCAUCUUUCUUAGACAAGAU